AUAAUAACCCAGGCAACGGGCAUGACCAUCAGCAGUUCUACUCGAACCGUGUCGAGGAAACAAUUUCGAACGAACGUUAAGUGGCCGCGUGUUAUAUCGGGAUAAGAAAUUUCAUAUAACCACUUGCAAAGGAUAAGGCGAUAAAAAAGGACUAAGAGAAAAUGUCUGUGGAAACUCUGCAGGAUAGUGUGCAACCCACCAUGACGGGCGCUGAGGGCUCAAGCACCAUGGUGAGCGUCCUCUUUGGUUUGGGUGUGAUUGCCAUACUGUAUGAAUACUAUCGCCGUAAUACGCGAGAAUACAAGAUGAUGGACAAUAUACCAACACCCAAACAAUUGCCAUUGAUUGGCAAUGGCCACUUGGCCUUUGGACAAAGCAACCAUGAAAUAUUGAAAAUGGUAUCUAGCAUUUUUGACGAACUUGGAGAGACAAUACGAGUCACCCUGGGUCACAUGAAUGUUGUUUUCCUCACCAAUCCCUCGGACAUUGAGUUGAUACUGAGUGGCCAAAAGCAUUUGGAAAAAUCCGUGGAAUAUCGUUACUUCCGACCCUGGUUCGGCAAUGGUCUUCUCAUUUCGAAUGGCCAUCAUUGGCGGCAUCAUCGUAAAAUGAUUGCCCCCACCUUCCAUCAGAGCAUUUUGAAGAGUUUCAUUCCCACUUUUGUGAAACACUCCAAGGCGGUGGUGGGUCGCUUGGGCGAAACUGUGGGCAAAGAAUUCGAUUGCCACAAAUAUAUGUCUGAGACCACGGUGGAUAUUCUGCUUACCACUGCCAUGGGCUGCAAACUGCAACCGGAGACGGAAAAGAGUGCCGAAUAUGCCCAAGCUGUUAUGGAUAUGUGCGACAUUAUACACAAUCGCCAAUUGAAAUUGUUCUAUCGCCUGGAUUCCACCUACAACUUCACCAAGCUACGUGAACGCGAUAACCAAUUGAUGAAUGUCAUCCUCAGUAUGACUCGCAAGGUGGUCGAGGAUCGUAAGAAGAAUUUCAAUGCUGAAGAACGUGCCAUCAUCGAUCGUGAUGAGAAGACUAAGGGGGCACAGGAGAAAAAGAGUGGCCUGCGUGAUGAUUUGGACGAAAUCGAUGAGAAUGAUGUGGGUGAGAAGAAACGUUUGGCCUUGUUGGAUGCCAUGAUGGAAAUGGAAAAGAAUCCCGAAAUCAAAUGGACCGAUAAGGAUGUUAUGGAUGAAGUUAACACCAUUAUGUUUGAGGGCCACGAUACCACCGCCUCCGGUUCCAGCUUUGCCCUCUGCCUGUUGGGCAUUCAUAAGGAUGUCCAACAACGCGUCUUUGAGGAACAACAGACCAUCUUUGGUGAUAAUCUCAAUCGUGAUUGCACAUUUGCUGAUACUCUGCAAAUGUCCUACUUAGAGCGUGUCAUCUGCGAAACUCUGCGUUUAUAUCCACCAGUACCAUUGAUUGCCCGCAAGGUGGAGGAAGAUGUUAAACUGAAAUCGGGUCCUUAUACCGUAGCCAAUGGCACCACUGUGGUGUUGUUGCAAUACCUUGUGCAUCGUCGCCCCGAUUUAUAUCCCGAUCCAGAGAAAUUCAAUCCUGAUAAUUUCUUGCCUGAACGCACCGCCGGACGUCACUAUUAUGGCUUUAUUCCCUUCAGUGCUGGACCCCGCAGUUGUGUGGGUCGCAAAUUUGCCAUGUUGCAAUUGAAGGUAUUGCUGUCGACCAUCAUUCGCAAUUAUCGCGUCUCCUCAUCGCGCACCCAAAAAGAUUUCCAAUUGCAAGGUGAUAUUAUUUUGAAGAUGGCCAAUGGUUUCAAUAUUUGCCUGGAACGUCGUGCCACCGCUAAAGCGUAAAUUUUGAUGUAAGCUUAGAGACAAUGGAACACUUAUAUAUAACAAAUUGGCGUAUUCUCCCCCUUAAUAGAUGUAGCCCUUAAUUUAACACUAUAGUUAGGUAAGAACAUUCUACGACUACUACUAACCUCGCUAACAUUUUACCGAUGAACGUGUGCCCUAUAACAGACUACCAAUGACAUAAGGAAGAUUUUCAAUUAAUAACACAACACAACUUAGCUAACAUUUACAAACUUUUUAUUUUAAGAUUAACAUGUGAAUGCAACGAGAGCAAGAAAAAAAAGGUUUAAUAAAAAAAAAAUGGUCAUGCACAGGUUAAAACUGUCAAAAGAA